GGAAAUAGCUCGAGGAGCGGCAUCCUGCUUGCGCUAGCAGCGGCAGAGGAGGAGGCAGGGAGGGACGGCGGGCGCAGGAGGUAGGGGAGGCUGCGGCCGAGGAAAAGAAAGUGUCAGAGCCGGUGUACCAGCAUUCGACCAGGAGAAACUGGAAUGGAUGUGACAAGCCGCUGCACCCUCGGAGACCCCAACAAACUGCCGGAAGGGGUUCCCCAGCCUGCCCGCAUGCCCUACAUCUCAGACAAGCACCCUCGACAAACCUUGGAAGUGAUUAACCUCCUGAGAAAGCACCGGGAGCUGUGCGACGUGGUGCUGGUCGUGGGCGCCAAGAAGAUAUAUGCCCACCGCGUCAUCCUGUCCGCCUGCAGCCCCUACUUCCGGGCUAUGUUCACGGGAGAACUGGCAGAGAGCCGGCAGACAGAAGUGGUGAUCCGAGACAUAGACGAGAGGGCCAUGGAGCUCCUCAUUGACUUUGCCUACACCUCCCAGGUCACUGUGGAAGAGGGCAACGUUCAGACCCUUCUGCCCGCCGCCUGCCUCCUCCAGCUGGCGGAAAUACAGGAAGCCUGCUGUGAAUUCCUAAAGAGACAGUUAGACCCUUCCAACUGCCUGGGCAUUCGGGCUUUUGCUGACACACAUUCAUGUCGUGAGUUGCUAAGGAUAGCAGACAAGUUCACGCAGCAUAACUUUCAAGAGGUGAUGGAAAGUGAAGAGUUCAUGUUGCUUCCAGCCAAUCAGCUCAUCGAUAUAAUAUCUAGUGACGAGCUAAACGUCCGCAGUGAAGAACAGGUGUUCAAUGCAGUGAUGGCCUGGGUCAAAUACAGCAUCCAGGAAAGACGUCCUCAGUUACCACAGGUGCUGCAGCACGUCCGUCUGCCUCUGCUUAGUCCAAAGUUCCUGGUGGGCACCGUAGGCUCUGAUCCCCUCAUCAAAAGUGACGAAGAAUGCAGAGACCUGGUAGAUGAGGCUAAAAACUAUCUCCUGUUGCCUCAAGAGCGACCACUGAUGCAGGGGCCAAGGACGAGACCGCGGAAACCUAUCCGGUGUGGAGAAGUACUCUUUGCAGUCGGUGGCUGGUGCAGUGGAGACGCCAUUUCCAGUGUUGAACGAUAUGACCCACAGACCAAUGAAUGGCGAAUGGUAGCGUCAAUGAGCAAGAGGCGAUGUGGAGUUGGGGUCAGUGUCCUUGAUGACCUACUCUAUGCGGUAGGAGGCCAUGAUGGAUCCUCUUAUCUCAACAGUGUCGAAAGGUAUGACCCCAAAACAAACCAGUGGAGCGGUGACGUGGCCCCCACAAGCACCUGCAGGACAAGCGUGGGUGUGGCGGUGCUCGGGGGCUUUCUCUACGCCGUGGGGGGCCAGGACGGCGUGUCUUGCCUCAACAUUGUUGAGAGGUAUGACCCAAAGGAGAACAAGUGGACUCGCGUGGCUUCCAUGAGCACCCGAAGGCUCGGCGUGGCCGUGGCUGUGUUAGGAGGCUUCUUAUACGCCGUGGGCGGCUCCGACGGGACGUCGCCACUCAACACAGUGGAGCGCUACAACCCUCAGGAAAACAGGUGGCACACCACAGCCCCCAUGGGGACGCGGAGGAAGCACCUCGGCUGCGCCGUGUAUCAGGACAUGAUCUAUGCCGUGGGGGGCAGAGAUGACACCACGGAGCUCAGCAGCGCAGAGAGAUUCAACCCCAGAGCCAACCAGUGGUCCCCGGUGGUGGCUAUGACAUCCCGCCGUAGUGGAGUGGGCUUGGCAGUGGUGAACGGGCAGCUCAUGGCUGUGGGGGGCUUUGACGGCACGACCUACUUGAAGACCAUUGAAGUUUUCGAUCCCGACGCCAAUACGUGGAGGUUAUAUGGCGGGAUGAAUUACCGUCGGCUAGGGGGUGGUGUAGGAGUUAUUAAAAUGACGCACUGUGAAUCCCACAUAUGGUGAACACCUAGAAGACAGCUGUGUACGCACUCCUCUAUUCUGGAGAGCUUUGACUCUGGAGCUUUGGACAGCUGGAGAAAAUACUAGAACAAAUUUUAUUCUUUGCCGGUGCCUCAACAAAAUGGAAAUACAAACACAGUGAAAGUACUUCUCCUGCAGGAUGCCAUCUUUGCACAAUAAUUCUGUUCUGUGCAGAAUAUUUAUUUUUGGUUUUAAUUUAUCAUGGGAUUUUUUGUUGUCGUUUUUUUCUAGCCUUCUUCCCACCAAAAAAAAACAAAAAGGAAAAAAGGAAAGAAAAAACAAGAAAAAUUCUAAGCAGUAAAACUUUAUUUUUAAGAUAUUAAGUUUGAAAAUGCAAAUAAGGGGAGAAGGGCUAUCUACGAUCUAGAUGUUAUUUCUAGGCACUCCACCCACGACUCCACUCCCUCCAAGGACCGCCAGUGACAGAUAGCUGUGCAAAGUGCAUUAGCCAUCAUUCUCACACUAAGCACCAGAAGACUUGAAAAUCUUUAAAACAAAUUAAAAAAGAGGAAGCAUCUCAUUUUAAAAAGUACAAUUCAAAAGGAAUAUUAAAUCAAUGAAACCAGGACUCGAAAAGCUUUCAUCAGUGGAACUCUGCCUCUCGUUCUCUUCCAUAUGAACUUGUUUUCUGCUAUAUGGCAAGUUUUUUUUUCCAUACUGUUUUCAUAGCGUUUCUGCUAGACUUAGAGCUCUGCUCAGUGCCUCUACACAAACAGUCCUCAAUUCUCACGCACUGUCUUGAGAGUCCCCCAAUAGAAUCAUGUGCAACUCUGCAAGUUUUUACUCAGAAACAUUACUGACUAGAGCAACUUUCCUUCCUAUUUUCUUAUUGCUACUAAGGACCAGCAGUGAGACUGUUAUGCAAUUCACACUAAACGCUCAGGCCUGCUGGAGCUGAGGCUGCCUGUGAUCACAGCCGCCAAGAGAUAGAGUCUUCAGUUCACGUAACAGUGCGCACUCACGGGAGUGAAACCAGCUGAGGCAUUUUAUUAAUAAUAUCUUGGUUCUUUUAUACAACUAUAUAUCCUCCUUGUCCUUCUGUAAAGCCACCGUUACUACUACUCUCAAUGGAGAAAAGUUUAAAAGUUCUAAGGAAAAAAUGAUAAGAAUGUCAGUGGGUUGAAAUUUUUUUGUCAUUGUGUUCACAGACUAAUUGUUUUCAAUGUAUUUUGCAGGAAAAUCUUUGAAUGAGACUUUAUCUGCAACCAAAAGGAAUAACUUUCUCCUCCUUUCUCCCACGACAAAAAUGUUCAACAACUUUUGUGUUUACAUUUAAAAAUCAUUUGCACCUUUACAAGGAAAACAAUAAGUAUUUGGUAAACAAUUGUUUACGUGUAUCAUUUAUGCUUUUUUCUAGCAUGUAUAACUUUUUUAAAUAAAGAUAGUACUUACCGUAAAAA